ACUCAUUCUAUUGUCACCUGCUACCGCUAUCGGAAGAUAAGGCUAAUGAGAGCGAUCCUCAAGUUUUCGAUAACCGCUUUGAUCUUUUUAUUCGAUUUUAGUUAACACCCGCGUUCUGUUUUGGCAAGGAAUCUGCGUGAUGUUAUCGUUAGUGUUCAAUUUUUGCUACUACGCAACGUUGGUUGUUGUGCCUGUUGUUGUUUACUUGCUGAUCAACGAUGAUGAUAAUUUCCACUCUAAAGGAGGUGUUCUCUACCUGGUAAAGUUCAUAUUUGGAAAGAGGGAAAUUCAAAAGGCCUGUAAAAAAGUGAAAAUACCGAAGAAAUACGAAGAAUUAGAACGUUACGAUAGACCCAAACCUAUAACAAGGGAAACAAAAUCUGAAGCCCUGACCUUCAGAGCUGUCGAUCAAGAGGGCAACCAAUUGAGCGUGAAAAUAACGCUUCUGGCUGAUCACAUCGCGGAAUCUACGAUUUGCCUGAGAAUUGGCAAGGAUAUUUACGUAUCUCCAGAUGCUGGCGGCGUUACCAGAAGGCACGUCUCGGGGUACCAAUGGAAAUGUCAAGGUUUGAACGUGGAAAUCUCGGAGCCUUUCAAGAGGUACAGGCUCCUUUUCAACGGUUUUCUCAGAAAAGUAUCCACCACAAACGAUGGCGGUGUAGAACACAUCAGUUUGCGAUUAACAUGGAAUUGCUGCUCCAAACCAAACUUUUCCCUUGUAGACGACGACUUGAAUCUCCUUGCGAAAUGCUUGGCGAAAACCACUUGGAGAGAUGGAAAUUGGCUGAAACUCUUGGGAGACGAGAAGAGUAUCGUGCAGUUUGGGGCUCUCAAAGGUACGAUUUUAGGUGAUAAUAUCCCAGAAACUCAAGUCAAUAUGGCUUGUGUAAGAACCAAAAUCAAGGGUACUGCAGACAUCGAGGCUUUGAACAAAGAUCUAACAGUAUUUGCAGCCACUGAAAACGGCUAUUUACUCCACUUAGGUGUAAAAUCCAUAAAGAAUGGCUGUCAGGAGCUCAAAUACGGUCACGUUUUAACCCACUUAGGAUCAGUAUACCCGGUCAAAAACUGUGAUUUGGAUUUGAGGAAAGGGGACCAAAGCAUCUCUGACAAAGUCACAAUUCACGUCGAAGUACCUGGAAAGAUGUUGAAAGUAGUUCUAUCCAUGGAUAACAACUCGAAUGUUGAGGUAACCAACGAUAAUUUCAAAGGUUUCAAGAGCAGAAAUGUAUCUGCAGAGUGUAUAGUGAAUAAUAAUAGAGGAUUCGCUAUUCUAGACUAUUGGACUUCUCAUCGAGGAAACGGUGUGAAAAGACCAAGUCCGAUAUUGAGAGAAAUUAAGGUGGAGACUGUGCCAGAUAUCGUUGUAACCCCAAUAGGCACAGAAGAAUCGAAAAUUUUAGAAUUGACAGGAGGAAAAGGAAGUUCACUGUCGUUGAUGAAGAGUCUGGAAAACGAAGAAAUAACAAUACCGGACGGAUUCAUUGUGACGACUGAAGCUUUCAAAAAACAGGUAGAAUACAAUUUCAAUCUACGUAAAUCGAUUUCUUUGCUGGAAGAUAUUGCAUUUGGACGGGAGAAGGGAGACUUGAAAAACGCCUGUGAAAUUACGGUGGAACUUUUCCGAGACCAGAUCAUAACUCCCUCGGUAGCUCAGAAAAUCUUGGACGAGUUGAUGAAGCAUCGAAGGAUCCAUGAUGACAAAGUCAUUCCAUAUCUGAGAUGGGCCGUAAGGUCUUCAGCUGUCGGGGAAGAUUCUGAGGAAUUCUCAUCGGCAGGACAGAACGAGACGUUUUUAGGCUCCCAGACCGACAAAGACGUGUUGACCAAGAUUUGUAAAUGUUGGGCCUCGUUAUUCACCUACCAAAGUGUCAUGUAUCGAAAGCAACACGGCUUGCCCAUUCGUACCUCCAUGGCCGUCGUGGUCCAACAGAUGAUACCUGCAGAGAGUUCCGGUGUCCUGUUCACCUGUCACCCCUCCAAUUCCGACCCGUCCAAGAUGGUGGUCACUUCGAAUUUCGGACUGGGAGAGACGGUGGUUUCCGGAGAAUCCGAGCCGGAUACCGUAACUUUGUCGAGGACUUUCGAGGGUGAGUUAUCCGUGGACUCCGUGGUCUUAGGCUCAAAAAUCCACUGUUUGGUCUUGGGUCGUUACGGGAUCCACAAGCACACCGGCGAAGAUAGGUCGGGUCAGCGUAGUUUGACCGAAUCCCAAGCUGUUAAGCUCGGGAAGGUUGGAGUGAUACUGGAAGAAGCCUUCGGUAGCCCCAGAGACGUCGAAUGGGCCUUUUUCAAGGAUCGGUUGUACGUACUCCAAUCAAGGCCCGUGACGACGCUGAACCAGUGGACGGACGAAGAACUGACGCAUGAAUUCGACAGUCCUCACAUCUCCAACGAUACCUACUACACCAGGGCGAACAUAGGGGAGGUGUCACCUUACGCCCUAACGGCGCUAUCUUAUAGCGCCAUCAUGUGUAAUAUAGACAAGGGCACACAGGUCUUGGCGUUUGGAAGGUACGAUCCGUACGUUUCCAUCAAUUUGAGGUACAGCCAUCACUUCGCCAUGCUGGAGCUCUUCUCGGCUUUCUACCCGCGACCGUCGGAAGAAAUAGAAACCUUCAACCAGAUGGUGGACCUGGCCAUCUUCGGUCGUCCGGUCUUGACCGAGGAAAUGAACAGGAAGGCGAUCGCCAGAUACGGCUCGCAAACAAAAUAUUCCAAACUGCUGGAGGCCGUGAGGAUGCUGAGGAACAACUGGAACGGCUCGCGUAUGACGGCAGACAUCGUCAAGGACGAGGAGGGACUGGUCAUCGGCGUCGGAGACAAAGACGACAUCGUCGACGUUUACGAGAAGAUCGACAAGGCCCUGGUGGAUUUCGUGAGGAUCAACUACAAGCACUGCCUGAUCACGAGCAUAUCGAUGGUGUAUCAGUUCGUCGUCUUGCAGCAACUGACGAAGGGCGAGAUCAAGAUGGAGAAUUACAGCGACAUCGCCACGAUCCUCUCCUGUUGCGGCGACGUCAUUUCCGCCGACGUUCCGGCGAAACUGGAGGAGAUGUCCGCCGUCAUCAGGAGAUCCAAGCUGGCCGAGCGAUUCUCGGAGGUCCGACCGGAGGACGGGGUCGGAUGGUUGAAGACGAACUGCGCGGAGGUCUACGAUAUGCUCGGCGAUUUCUUGGACGUUCACGGGCACAGACUGUUGGGCGAGAUGGAAUUAAGCAUAGACUCUUGGUCGAUGGACCCUUCGGCCGUCAUAAAGAUGCUUCAGAUGAACUGUAAAUUCGAAACUGUCGACAAGGCAGAAGCAGUCGUAUCUAAAGACAUAGUGAACGAACUCAAAUCUCCGAUUUCCAACGCAACCAAGCACAUCCUGAGAUUCCUGAUAAAAAGAUACAGGAAAGCGGUGGGAUACAGGGAAAUAUCUAAAUCGACGUUGAUAAAAACCGCGAACAAAUUCAGGAUAGCCUAUAAAACUUUAGCGAGGAAGAUGAAGAACCGUGGUCUCAUCCCCGAUGAGAACCUGAUUUACCACCUGACCCAAUACGAAAUAUGGCAGAUAAUCCACGGGAAGAACCCUGCUCUGAUCUCGAAAGCGCUGAGAAGACAGAGGUUGUAUCCGACGUGGAACAAGCUGAAAUUCCCGGAGGUGAUGAUGGAGAUGCCUGUGCCGGUAACUGAAGACGAGGAAAUUUUUGAAAUAUCCGACUCCGAUGUGGUUUGUACCGGUACCCCUGUGUGCGUUGGCGAAGUUGAGGGUAGAGCCGCAGUGGUGACUUCUCUGGACGAUGUACACCUGUUAAGACAAGGGGAUGUCUUGAUAACCAAAAGCACGGAUAUAGGGUGGUCCCCGUAUUUUCCGAUGUUGUCGGGCGUGGUCACCGAACUUGGGGGUUUGGUUUCACACGGUGCUGUUGUGGCGAGGGAAUAUGGGCUUCCUUGUAUUGUUGGGGCUCAGAACGCGACUAGGAUGUUCAAGACUGGAGAUAAAGUUGUGAUUUCUGGAAAGAACGGGGUGAUCAAGCUUUUAUCUAGGUGAUCUAGCCUGUAUAAGAAAGUGAACAAGUACAAAUCAGUAUUUUUAUAACCUGAAAUAUAGAGACAAUCUAUAUUCCAUUUAGAUUAUCAUUUUUAUUUUUUUUAAUAUUGUACUCAUAAGUCAGAAGAUGGAUUGUAUUUUAUUGGGGAUAUUGUUAUAUCGUUUGUCGAUUUAUU